AUGACAUCGUUGUUGUUAAGUAAUCUUAAAAUUGAAAUUCGUUCGUUACUAGUUUCAUCUCCGACAGGUCUAUAUGAAGAUGAAUUAGCGCGUGAUUAUGCCUUGUUUAAUAGUCAACGUUCACUACCGUAUCAACUUUUCGGCUAUUCCACAUUAACCGAAUUUCUCGAAUCAUUAACAGAUGUUCUACAUCGUUCCGACGAUGGAAUGUUUCAUCCAAUAGUAGAUCAAUCGACUGAACAUAUUUUUAAACUUGUUCAACAGCAACGAGCAAAGAAAAAGACAAUCAAGAAGCCAUUAAUUGCACGCAAAAGAGCAAUACCAUCGAGUAAUACAACCUCACAACGAAUUCAGGUCACAGUUGAUGCCAAAAAAUCUCAAACAAUGGUGAAACAGAUGAAAAUAAUAUGUGAAAACAAGGUUAACAAAGACGAGAAAUCUGCAGUUAAAUUUGAACGCAUUCAUCUCACAAACGAUCUAUUACAAAGUCUACUAAGACAUUUUCAACAACAACAAAAAUCUUGA